AAGGUCUGAGGAGAAUAAGAUUCAUGGAAGUCUUCUUGGGCCUGAACAACACAUGCAGCCGCGUGGUCGAAGCCCACCGCUCCGCUUGCGGAUACAAUCUUGCUACUUUGUUGCGCUUUGUGCACGGAGGUCAUGCUUUCAAUAUCCCGCCAUGUUAUAACGAAGCAGAAACUCAUCGGUUGAGACCAACUCCUUCCUAAGCAUUCUACUCAACUACCACAUCCCGCCGUCUCAUCCAACAUGACUAGCUCUUCAGAUUCAUCUCCAGUAACCAUCGCUGUGAUGGGUGCAACUGGGACCGGAAAAUCUACAUUCAUAAACCUCCUUAGCGGGUCCAAGCUUUCCGUUGGUUUCGGUCUGGAGUCUUGCACCUCCGAAAUCCAAAUUUCGCUGCCGUUCACCAUCGACGGACGGAUAGUCACUCUCAUCGACACCCCUGGUUUCGAUGAUACGGUCAAGACGGAGGCAGAAAUUCUUAGGAUUGUUGCGGAUUUCCUGGCAGCGACAUACGAAACUGGCCGCAAGCUGAACGGAAUCAUCUUUCUCCAUCGAAUUUCUGACUACCGUAUGGGUGGUGUUGCUCGGAAGAAUUUCCGUCUAUUUAAGAAACUUUGCGGUGACGACGCUCUCAAGAGCGUUGUGAUCGCUACGAAUAUGUGGGGCGACGUCAGCGCAGAGAUUGGCGACAAGAGGGAGAAGGAGCUGGCCUCCAAUGACCUCUUCUACAAGCCUGCCCUCGAGAGGGGUUCUAAACUGGUCCGACAUAACAACACGUUUGAAUCAGCACAAAACAUCGUCCGCCAGAUCAUGGGCUACCCACCACAGGCUUUGUCGAUUCAGCAAGAGGUUGUUGACCAGCACAAGAGUAUCGGCGAGACAUCCGCUGGACUGGACCUCAGAGCCGAACUCGAUGCUCAGAUCCAGAAGCAGAAGGAGGAGUUGAGAGGUGUCAAGGAGGAGAUGAAAGAAGUCUUGGCGUUUAAGGACAAGAAGCAUCAAGAAGAACUUGAGGACCUCAACACGUUGCUCUUUGACGUCCGAAAGCAGCUAUCUGCAUUCGAGAAUGAACGCCGACAAUUGCGCGAAGAGAACGAUGGGUAUCGGAAGAAGCAUGAAGAACGUACAAAGCAGUUGAUGGCCGCCAUGGAGGAGAGGGAGAAUCAGCUACGGGUUCUCCAAGGACAUUCAGCGAAACAGAUGGAGACUAUUCAGGCAUUGCAGGAGAGCUUGGUCUCCGUCGAAGAGAAGAUGCGCUCGCAGGCUUCUGAGAAGGAGAAGGCUGAUGCAGCACUGAAGAAGCUCGCCGAAGAUCAUCGGCAGGAGCUCGUGCAGGUACGAGAGGAGUUCAAUAAAAAGCUGGAAGCUGAGAAGCAAGAGAGAGAAAGGCAAGAGAGGGAAAGGCAAGAGAAAGAAAAGGAGAACCGGGAGAGAGAGAAGCAGGAACAAGAGAGGCAAGAAGCCCGGGACUCUCGACCAUUUUUGGCGCAAUGGGUCAGUUCACAGCUGCAAUCUCCUCCAGCUACAGGUCGGAUACCGUUCACACAGAUGGUGGCUACGGCAGUCAAUCACUGGCUCAAGUCCUGAAUACGGUUCGACAUCACCUAUGAAUCAACGAAGUCAGUGUAUUUAUUCUUAUUAGUGUACGCACAUUAUGCCGGUCUACCUUGUAUUUUGCUACUGAGUUCCAACCUUUUGAAUGUUAUAUCAUCUUGCAGACCCAUUGUUCAC